AUGGAAGCGGCCGACGUGGACACGCUGAUCUACGACGAUGGUCCGCCUGCCGGUGCUGGGACGGGCGCCCACGCGGAGAGCGGCACCGCGAACCUCUGGGACGGGGGCGCGCAGCACGCGGAAACGCUCCAGUACGAUGACGUGGACGAUGCCGCGGGGGGCGUGUUCUCGGACGGCGACGUGCCGAAUGCCCAGGGCACCGAGGAUGCGGGGACCGUGCGGCCGCGCGAAGAAGGCAGUGCCGCCGCGUCGGCCCCCGCCCCGGGCAGGCGGAGCGCGGGGCAGCUCAACCUGCGCGCGGCCUUCGCGGCGUCGGCGGCCUCCAGCGGCCUGGGCCUCGAGGAGUGCGGUGGCGCUGCCGUGGCCUCGGACGAGGCGGCCUUGGCCCCCCCCGCCGGGUCGGGUGGCAUGCUGAGCGCUUUCAACCUGCGGCAGAGCCGGUGGCAGAGCCUCCCCGAGCCUGGGGGAUCUCUCGCGCCCGUGGCGGCGAGCCCGGUUGUGGUGGACGCGUCGCAGGCCUCGCCCAUGGAGGUCCACCUGCAGGGCGAGCAGGCGGCGGUUGCGGGGCCCAGCGCCGACGACGAUUGGGGCCAGGUGGUGCAGCUGGCAGCGGCCCCGGUGUCGCUGCUGCCCUCGGGCAGGGCCAUCUUCGCGCAACUGCCGCAGUGCUGGCUGGACUUCUCUGCGCGCAGCGACGCCCUCGGCACCCGCUGCCUCUUCGCCUCGCGCCGCCACGAGCACUCCGUCUUCGCGCCGCUGGCCGCCGACGAGCUGAUCCGGCUGCCGCUGGCCGCCAGCGGCUGGCAGCCGCCCCUCAGCUUCCCGAGCCCGCCUGCGGACGCCGCGAAGCUUGCCGACGAGGAGCCGUGGUCGGUGGAGAUCCAUCCCGGGCAGUGCGCGGUCCGCGUGCUCCUGCGGCCCGCCGUGCUGCUGCUGCGCAUGCUGCGGCGCGGCUCCUCGCUGCCCUCGGCCACGUUCUCCUGGCGCGCCGUCGACUCCUCCGCCCCCGGCUGCGCCGCGCUGGCGGACGAGGCGCCCCGGCGUCAGGAGGCCCUGGGCCAGUUCUCCAUACUCAGCAACGUGGAGGACGCGGCGCACCCGCAGCCCCCGCACUUCAAGGAGUUCCCGCUCCGCAGGGAGCAGCUCCGCUCGCUCGGGUGGAUGGUCUCCCAGGAGCGCCGCCGCCGGGAGCCGUUCGCCGCCGAGCUGCGCGAGACGGUGCCCUGCGCCGACGCGCCCCACUGGAAGUUGCAGGGGUGCAUGCGCUGCGAGUAUCGCGACGUCAAAGGAGGGGUUCUGGCGGACGCCAUCGGCUACGGCAAGACCGCGUGCACCAUCGGCCUCAUCGACGCCACGAGGAGCGAUGCGCUUCCAGAGGUUCCGUCGGCCUUCCGUGGCUUCCUGCCGUCACGGGCGACCUUGGUGCUGGCCCCCACGAAUCUCCACCAGCAGUGGCUGCGUGAGAUUAUCAAGUUCACUGGCAACACCCUGAAGGUGCUGUCUGUGCCGACGUACUCGCAGCUGAAGAAGUUCACCGAGCAGGAGAUCAGGGACGCGGACGUGAUCGUGGCCACGUACCGGCUGUUCUACUCCGUGCCAUACUUGCGCCGGCUCGAGGAGCUCGCGCGUAGCAUCCAGCCCGAGUUCGCGUUCCCCUCUUCCAAGGGCGGUCACGGCGCCGCCUCGGCGCGGCAGCCCGCCGAGUGGGCGGCGGCCUACCGCCGCGCCGUGGAGCUGCUGCCGGCCGCGUGCGGGGCCGCCGGCCUGGCGGCCGACCCCACCACGCCGGACGAGACGCCGGAGCAGGCCGCGCAGCUGGAGCUCGGGCGGUUGGUAAGGGGGGUGCGGCCGAAGUGGGGGCCGAGGCUGGAGAAGGCCGCGCCGGCGCGAAGCGAGAACGGCGCAGUGGCCGAGGCCUCGGCGAGCGCGGGAGCGGACGCCAGUGGCGCAGAUGCAGCCACGCAGCCUUACGCGCCCUGCAGCCAGCCAGCCGCCGCCGCCACGCCCAGCGAGACGGCCGAGGACGCGCCAAGAGGCGGCGGGAAGAGACGGCUAACGGGCAAGCAGCCGGCAGCGUCGCAGCCGAUUGCACUGGGGGAGGCGGCCCCCUCGGCCUGCCCCGGCGGGCGGCCCUCUCUCGCGGGCGACGCGCGCAUGCGGUACCUGCCGCUGGAGGCGUUCUGGUGGCGCAGGGUGGUCUGCGACGAGUUCCACGAGCUGCUCGGCAGAUACCCGCCCGCGCAGGUGGCCGUGGAGACGUUCCGCGCGGACUACAAGUGGGGCCUCAGCGGCACGCCGCCCUGCCAGACCCUGGCGCAGAUCCGGCGGGCCGCCGGCUUCCUCGGCGUGCAGCUGCCGGCCGCCGGCGCGGGCGACGAGGGCGGGGAGGCGGCGCGGCGUGUGGCGCAGGAUCGAGUGGCUGGACGCCUUCGUGCGCCGGAACACGGCCGAGCUCCCCCCUCUCGACGAGGAGGAGCGCAUCGUGCCGGUGAGGCAGACGCCAAAGGAGAGAGGGCGCUAUACCUUGCGCUGACCGAGCAGCAGCGCCCCCUGCCGUCCCCGGACGCGCCCAGCACAGGCGCGGGGGACGUUCCGGAGCCGCCCGAGUUCCACGCCGCACGCCAGAGUGCCAGCGGGUUGCUGAAGCUCUGCAGCCACUUCUGUGCUUCGGGCGCCGCCGACGUCCUCACCGCCGAGGACCGACGAUGCCAGCGCCAGCUCGCCCUCCGCCGCGAGAGGCUGCGGGCCGUCGAGCGGGAGGCCCGCUCGCUGGCGGACCGCGCCGCCAACACGGCCAAGCUGGUGCGGCACUUCGAGCCGCACUGGUGCCGCGUGCCCGACCCCAAGGACUACCCGUACCUCGGCAAGGACCGGGGAAGGGAAAGGCUCUCGGCGCUAGGGUGCCCCGCGGGCGCCUGCAAGUCGAAGGCCGACCUGCUCUCCAGGCUCUUCGAGCAGCUCGCCGCCACCGGCGACGAGGGCCUGAAGGACCGCGCCCUGCGGCCCGACUUCUGCCACGAGGGCGACGCGGGCGCGGACUGCACCGGCGUCGGCGACGCCCCUGCGGGCCCCCCGCCGCGCGGCGCGUGGAGCGCUCUGGAGGCCGCCGCCGACGCCGACGGGGAUGCGCCCACGGCCGCGGGGGCCCCGGGCAGCGACGACGAGGCCGCCGGCCGCGAGAGGAUCCGCGGCAUCGCCAAGGACGAAGUCCUCGCCGUCGCCGCCGCUGCAGACGCCCGCGCCGCCGGCGGCGGCCCCCUGCCGCCGCGCUGCGCACGGCUGCGCGCGGACCUGGGCAUGCCUCGCUGGCCGACGGCGGCUCAGCUGGCAGCCGCGGCUGCCGCGGGCGGCCCCGACGGGGAGAAGGGUGCGGAGGCGGUGUGGCACGAGUUCCGCCAGGCUGACUGGGCAUGGCGCGCGAGUGCGGAGAACGCUGUGCGCCUGCGCAGGGUCGUCGGGGCGUGGAGGGCCGACGCCGAGAGGUGCGCGCAGCAGCUGGCGGGCCUCGCUGGUCAACUGGGGGCCCGGCUGUUGGCCGCGCGUAGCUUCCAGCAGACGCUGCACGCGUCGCAGCAGGGGGCGGUGGACGCCGUCGAGACCAGGCAGGAGCCCACGCGCAGAUUCGCCAAGUACGGGUCGAAGAUCGAGGCCAUCGUCCGGCACGUGCAGAGGCUGCAGAAGGAGGACAAGGGCUGCAAGAUCAUCUGCUUCGUGCAGUGGGAGGACCUGAAGCGCAAGGUGGCUGCGGCUCUGGACGAGUUCAAGCUCGGCAACCUGACGCUGAGCGGGAGCGUCUGGAAACGCAGGGCGGCGCUGACGCAGUUCCAGUACGAGGAGCAGGGCCCCAGGCUGCUGCUGCUGUCUCUCGAGGAGUCCGCCAGCGGCACCAACUUGACCGCCGCCAACCACGUGAUAAUUGUACACCCAAUGGAGGCCGCGACCAAGGAGGAGGCCGUGGCUUUCGAGAUGCAGGCUGUGGGGCGCGUCCGGCGCCCUGGGCAGCGCCGCAAGAUCCACAUCUGGCGCUUCGUCACGGUGGACACCAUCGAGCAGGCCAUCACCGAAGAGCACCAGCUCGAGCUCUGGGAGCGCCAGCAGGCGAAGGUGCCCGUCACGCAGCCGGGCCAGGCGGGGCCCGACUCCAGCGGGGACGAGGCGCAGCUGGUCGACGAAGACCCCGCAGAGGCGGGCCAAGAGAUCGAGGGAGGCGGCAUCCAUGACGCGGGGCGUGCCGAAGAUGUGGCCGCGACGCAGGAGGCCGCGGUUGCGACCCAG